CGACCACUUCCUCAUUGAGACUCCAAAUAAACCUAUCAAAGUUCCGGCGCUUGCACCCACCAUCUGAGCCCAAAAUGUCAAUCGCCGACGCGAACCGUAAAUACUUCGACCAGAUCAGCGACUCCUACGACGACAAGCCAUGGUUUGCCAAAGCGAACAAACAAGUCACCGAAGCCUUGCGAGCCCGUCUCGACAGGGUCGGCAUCCCGUUCGCCAACACAGGUGCUAGCGCCGAUUCCCAACAAGUCUCCCAGCUAGAUUACGCAUGCGGAACUGGCCUCCUUUCUCGCAUCUAUGGGCCCUACGUCACCAUAACUAGAGGCAUCGAUGUUUCGCCUAAGAUGGUCGCAAACUUCAAUUCGCGUGCCCAGGCUGCUGGCCUCUCCGAGUCUACUAUCCACGCCGUCCUGGGCGAUCUGCUUGACAAGGCAAAUCCGACGCCUGCCGAGGUGUCCGGCCCGGAAUGGCAAAACUUCGAUCUUGUGACCGUGGGCUACGCAUUCCACCACUUCGAAGACGUGGUUCACGCGGCGGAGCGUCUGAAGGAGAGGCUUAGGCCAGGCGGAGUCAUGGUUAUCACCGACUUUCUCGAGGGCGGCGAUUUAAAGGCUGACGAGAACGGCGACCCCAUCCCUGGUACUGAAGGCAACCAUUUUACGCACCAUCACCACCACCACGGUCAUGACCAUGGCGAGGAGACUCAACACCAUGAGAAUCAUCACCACGGCCACGACAACAAAGAAGAUGUCGACAGCCCAACCCGCGAUGCUUCAAUCGUCACACCGCACUUCACGCUCGAAAAUGUGAAGAAAUUUCUAAUUAAGGCUGGCUUUGUGGAUGUUGAUGCCGUGAGCAUGGGCGAAAGGGUAUAUAUGGUGUUUGGGGGCCACCAGUUGUGGAGAACCGUUUUGUUUGCCAAGGGCAGGAGACCAGUAGAAGAGAAGCCUGAGCUUUGAGGGAACGUCGCGUUCCAUUAAUAUCGGACGUGCUGCAUAGAUGUGGGCCUAUGUUCUGGUCGAUGCUAGGACACUGUUCAGAUUCUAAUCUGAUGGGUUGGUGACGCAUGUCCCCGGA